AUGGGGUCAGUGAUCGUAGGGUGUGUGUACAAGGAUCUUCACGAACUACUGCUGACACAUCAAUCUGUUGGGAAUGAAACUGACAAUACAAGGUUUGUGAACACCAGGAUAAUGACCGCAGAUAUGGAUCCUAAGCCGGAAAAACUACAACAGGAUGUCGUCUUGAAGUUCAGAAGCCUGGAGGUCGUGGAGGCAGAGAAGCGUUGCGUGUUUUGGAGCGGCUAUAGCAAGAGUCCAGACGGGUUCACUGGCGAGGGUUGUCAUGUAGAUUCAGCGAAGAGCAACUCAGCGGAAACAGUUUGUAGAUGCAAUCAUUUGACUUACUUUGCUGUCUUAGUUGACUUUGACAAUGGUGACACAAAGGUAUUUUUUAAAAUUAUGUCUGUAUUUUCGAGUGUACUUACAAGUAGUUCAUCCGUUUGGUCAAUUGAUUAACUCUUUAUUUUUUGUAUCUAAUUUCUAAUACAGCUCACCAAGAAGGACGGAACUAUUCUGGAGACAAUCACUUACGUAGGAUUAAGCCUUUCCAUCAUCGGGAUGCUUUUGACAAUCAUCCUGUAUUCUUUCCUCACGGAUGUUCGUCAACCUCUGUCACAAAUACGUUUAAGCCUUUCUGCGUCCCUCGGAGCUGUA